AUGGCGGGGAAUAUCGUCGAUCAGGAGUUGCUAGACGCUGAACGCGCUGCUUCUCCUCAGCGAUAUCAACAGCGCGACAGUGCUGAAAUAGAACGAGUCAUCUCCGCAUCAACCGUCUCCUCAUCAUCCUCCGAGAACUCGGCUCGUCGACGAAGCCGCUCAAUUGGCCAAUACAACAGCAUCAGCCGCAUCUCGACCCAGAACGACCUCGAGCGUCAUCCUACAGAGCUCAGCAGAAUACAAACAGCUCGAAGUCAACACAAUGCCACCGUCGGAGGCAGUCUUCGCUCCCGCACAGCGUCGCGAGCUUCAAGAAAGCCUCUCCCCAACUUUGGCGCUGGAAAGCCAUAUCCUCCUCCUCUACCGGAACAGGAGCAGUAUGUUGUUGAAUUCGAUGGACCCAAUGAUCCUUUGCACUCGCAGAAUUGGCCGUUGAGGAAGAAGCUUAUCACUGCUGCUGUCUUGGGCUUUACCACCAUGACAUCUGCCUUCACAUCCUCCAUUUUCUCUGCUGCGACCAUGGUCGUUGCUCACGAGUACAACGUUGGCAACGAGGUUGGACUUUUGGGAACGACCUUUUACGUGCUUGGUUUUGCUUUCGGCCCCUCGCUUUGGGCUCCCCUGUCGGAGUUGCGCGGUCGUCGUCUUCCAAUUCUCAUCUCCAUCUUUGGUUUCUCUGUCUUCUCCAUUGGCUGCGCAACUGGCAAGGAUAUCCAGACUAUUCUCCUGUGUCGGUUCUUCAGUGGUUUCUUUGGCGCUUGUCCUCUUGCUGUCGUCGCCGCUGUCUUUUCCGACAUGUUUGAUAACCGUACUCGAGGAACUGCCAUUACUCUCUUCUCCAUGUCCGUCUUUACUGGUCCUCUUCUCGCUCCCUUCAUCGGCGGUUUCAUUGUUGAGUCCCAUCUUGGAUGGCGCUGGACCGAGUAUCUUGCUUCUAUCAUGGGUUUCACUGCUCUCAUCCUCGAUAUCAUCUUCUUGGAGGAGACUUACCCGCCUGUCAUUCUCAUCGCUAAGGCGGCUGAUCUGCGACGUCGCACUAAGAACUGGGGUAUCCAUGCCAAGCAAGAGGAAAUCGAGGUUGACUUUAAGGAGCUCGUCCAGAAGAACUUUUCCCGACCUCUGCGUCUGCUCUUUACCGAGCCCAUUAUUCUUCUGCUCUCCAUCUACAUGAGCUUCAUCUAUGGACUCCUCUACCUUUUCCUUACUGCCUACCCUCUUGUCUUUGUUGGCGUCCACGGCUUCAGCUCUGGUCAAUCCGGCCUUUGCUUCUUCGGUAUGAUUGUUGGUCAGCUUAUCGCUGGUGCUACUGUCAUUGCUCAGCAGCCUUGGUACAUUCGCAAGCUUGCUGCCAACAAUGGCAUUCCUAUUCCCGAAUGGCGUCUGCCUAACAUCAUGGCUGGUGGUGUUGCCUUUGCCAUUGGUAUCUUCUGGUUUGGAUGGACUGGAUACACCAAGGACAUUCACUGGAUCGUUCCCACUCUCAGUGGUCUCUUCACUGGCUUCGGUCUCAUGUCCAUCUUCCUCCAGGCUCUCAACUACCUCGUCGAUGCAUACCUCAUGUUCGCCGCCUCCGCCAUCGCAGGCAACACAUUCCUUCGAUCUCUCUGCGGUGCUGGUUUCCCUCUGUUUGCCCGUCAAAUGUUCGACGGUAUGGGCAUUCAAUAUGCUGCCACCCUUCUUGGCUGUGUCGCCGCUGUGCUCGCACCAAUCCCCUUCAUCUUCUACCGUUAUGGUGCCAAGAUUCGCCAGAGAAGCAAGUAUGCUCCCACCGCACCUCCUGCCCCUGCCUCUGGCUCUUCUGCAGAGGAAGACGAGAAGGAGAAUGAUAACGAUACCGCCCUGGCUGCUGUCAUCGCUCGUCGUGACAGUGUGGCCAGUGGAGCCAACAAGGAGAGCGCUUAA